AAGACAAAUCCAUGACAUGGGUGUCAAUUGUCAGUACAGAAAGUUAGUCAGCAAUAAAAACCCCCGUGGGUUUGAGCGUACUAAAAUAAGCCUUAGUCAAAGUAGAAAAAGAGGAAGAGGAUGGUGUUCUUUCCCGUCGUUACUGCUUGCCACUGAAGACCAGCUCCGCUCUCCCUUCGUCUGAAAACCUCAAUGUGCCUUUUUAUUUUCUGCCUUUUCAUCAUCUGUCCGAGCCAAUGGAUAUUGUGAGAGAAUACUUCUGGUUAUGGCUGCUGCUCGCCAUCAUCUUUGUGUGCGUCGUCAUGGGCCUCAUCUUCAUCUGCAUCAACUUGUGCAUCUCCAAAGCAGGAAAACACAGACUGGCACCAGAUCACAAAUCCACUGCCAUGGGGAAGAAAUACCAGGAGAGGAACCAGACCAUGACUCCCCCCCUGCCUCCUCGGACCCAGUUUCUGUUGGCAGAGGCACAGAGCUACGAGAACAUCAGCGAGCGUCCUAGCUGUGGACAGAAAAUAGGGUCCCACUUCCAACAAAUCACGACAGACUUUCAUGACCAUGAGCCAAACAUGGUCGUCCCUUGUGAACCUAAGCAGAUCCUGGACCUGCAGCCCAACUACAAAACCUUCCAUGACUUUGAGCACAACCUGUCCCCCAUUCCAAAGUACGAAGAGAUCACGGACGAGCAAGCCAACUACGUGAAAGUAGAUGACGAGGACGAGCCAUUCCCUCCGGCGCCUCCAAACCAGGAAGUAGUAAAUCCAGUAGAGGACACUAUGGAGGACUACGAUGACGUCGCAGGUGAGGAUGAAAACCAGGACGAGAAGGACUAUGACGAUGUUGGCUAAGACGGUGGGGAUGUGAAGUAGACUUGACUAAAUCUCAGUGUACCUCGUGAAACAUCAUCAGCUAGCAUCUUUCUAGUAUCUUUCUAAUCCUUUUUCUUUGGCUUUUUUGUCAUGCUUAUCCCCAAAGAUGGGGCAUCUUCGAGGAAAGAGAAGAACAUCUGCAUCAGGGAUAUUUCAAUGCUAUGCUAGCUGAAGCUAAUAUAUUGUUGCUGAUGAGUUAGCCUAGCGUAGAGACCAGGGUUAACUUUGGGUGAACAUUAGGUGGCAGCCAACUAUCUGCCAUAGCCUUUUAUGUCACAUUCCUGCUUAACUUAUUGCAGCGCAAAUUAACUUAUUACACUUGUCGAGUGAAGACCUUGUACGUGUUACUUAAAUGUUGCUAAAUGUUUGACAAAGAUUUAUGGCGGCUACAACUCGACCCCAGUACAGAUGACGUCCAUUUCCACUAUUUCCCGUGAUGUGGCCUCGAUUCGCAUGACUUCAGACUCCAGUUGUAUUAAAUAGACCAUUUAAGAUUUAUAUAGCAUCGUGCAUGUGUGUGUUACUAUAAAUGUCUUCCCUAUGGAACAUGAAAG